ACAACACAACACAACACAGCACAGCACAGCCAUGGGUAAAGCUCUCUCGCUCUCUCUCUGCCUAAGCUUCCUGUUCCUCCUCUAUGGCUGCUGCUCUGCUCAACAGCAGCAGCAGUUCUGGCAGAGCAUGCAGAGCCAGCAGCAGCACCGCUUCCGAGCCAAGACCCAAUGCCAAAUCCAGCAGCUCUCCGCCCGCGAACCCACCUUGAAAUUCCAGUCCGAGGCCGGCUUCAGCGAGUACUGGGACACUUCCAGCGCCGAAUUCGAGUGCGCCGGCAUCGAAUUCGUGCGCCACCAGGUGCAGCCCAAGGGUCUCGUCCUGCCCUUCUACACCAACGCCCCUCGACUCACCUUCAUCGUCGAAGGCAGCGGUAUUUUGGGGACCGUGAUUCCGGGAUGUGCUGAGACUUAUGAGUCGGAGUCUGGAUCAAGCUCGAGAUACUCCGCUCGGGAGGGAGAGGAUGUUCGGAGAGGCGACCGCCACCAGAAACUCAGGAGGUUCCGCCGCGGAGACGUCAUCGCCUUGCCCGAGGGCAUCACCACCUUCGUUUACAACGACGGAGACGCACCCUUGACGUACGUCUCGAUGUUGGAUAUUGGCAAUGACAACAACCAGCUUGACUUCAAAUUCAGAAAAUUUUUGCUUGCUGGAAACCCACAAUCCACUGAGAGCCAGAAACAAGGGAAAGAAUACAGAAACAUGUUCUACGGGUUCGACGAGCAGCUUCUGGCGGACGCAUUCAAAACUGAGCCGGAGCUGAUGAGGAGGCUGCAAGGCAAGGAAGACGAAAGAGGCAUCAUUGUCCGAGCGGAGAAGAUGAGGAUGGUUCUGCCCGAGUAUGAGAGCGAAGAGGAGCAUUCGCAAAGGCGAGGAAGACCCUACAAUGGGUUGGAGGAGACCUUCUGCUCAUACAAAAUCAAGAAGAACCUCGAUCACCCCACCAGCGCCGACCUCUACAACCCCCGCGGCGGCCGCAUCAGCAACGUCAACAGCCAGUCUCUCCCCAUCCUCAACUACUUGCAGCUCAGCGCUCAAAGAGGAAUCCUCUACAAGAAUGCUAUUGUGGCGCCACAAUGGACCACAAACGCCCACUCCGCCCUGUACGUGACCAAUGGAAGUGCGAGGAUUCAAGUGGUGGGAACCCAAGGAAGAUCGGUUUUCGACGGAGAGGUGAAGGAGGGGCAGCUUCUGAUAGUCCCACAGAACUUCGUUGUGGUGAAGAAGGCCAGCCAGAACGGAUUCGAGUGGAUCACCUUCAAGACCAACGACAACGCCAUGAACGCCCAACUCGCCGGCCGCCUGUCCGCCAUCCGGGCCAUGCCUAAUGAAGUUCUCAUGAACGCCUUCGGCAUCUCCCGAGAUGAAGCUAGGAGCUUGAAGUUCGGGAGGGAAGAGUCCACUCUCUUCAGCCCGUCGCAGAGAGAUGCAUAAAUGUGAACCUGUGGAAUUUUGUGACAAUAAAGAAGCAUCUCUCCUUGUG